AUGCGCGUCUCUGUCCCAACUAUACCAACGCGUUUGGCCUCUGUUCCUUCUGGUCCUACCGUUUCGCCUGCUGUUGCUGUUGAACGGAUAUCAUCCUUCCUCCAACAUGGAAAUGUCUGCCUGCUUACGGGUGCGGGUGUCAGCGUGGAUUCCGGUAUCAGGGCGUAUAGGGGCAAGGAUGGUCGUUACAUGAACCCGAACUACAAGCCCAUCUUCUACCAUGAGCUCGUUGACGGUACCGAGAAAGGAUUCGCGUUCCGGCAGCGUUACUGGCUACGAAGCUAUCUAGGCUACCCACCAGUCCGAGAUGCUCAACCGAACAAGACGCAUUACGCGAUCGCUGCUCUUCAGCAUGCUUCCAUAGUCCCGCGCCUCAUAACUCAGAACGUAGACGGGCUCCAUCACAAGGCCAUUCGAUCAGCGCGCAGCCGAUCAUGGAUGGACGAGCAUAUGCUGGAACUGCAUGGCACCCUGCAUAAAGUGCACUGUAACAGGGGCCAUCUGGUCGACCGCGAGACAUUCCAAGAUUGGAUAUCUGCGGCGAAUCCCCAAUGGAAAGCAUUCGUCGACGACCUAGAACGUGCGGGUCAACAGCCCCGGACGAAUCCCGACGGUGAUGUGGCCAUUGAAGAUGUAGACUAUACCACUUUCAACGUCCCGGAGUGCCCCACAUGUGCGCUCGAAGGCUAUACGAAUUCGGUGCAAAAACCCGCCUUGAUCUUCUUCGGUGAAUCAAUAGCAAAGGAGGUCAGGGAUAAGUCAUACGCCGAUAUAGAGCAAUGCGAUCGUCUCUUCCUCGUUGGAACAACACUGGCAACCUUUUCCGCAUUCAGGCUGCUCAAACACGCCCUCGAGCUCAAGAAACCUACCUUGAUGCUAAACGUCGGCCCUACCCGCGCAGACGGUUUGCCUGGCCUCGAAAAGCUCGAAAUCAGGAGCGGUGAGGUCAUGCGGGAAAUCGUCAGAAACGUCCUGGGUUCACAAGCAACGGAGGAUCCAAUCAUCCGAGAUAUGUUAUGCAGCGGGAUCUAUAUGCCCCCGCCGGACCAUAUAGAGGACAUCGUUCCCCAGUCGGGAAGCUAA